AUGGCUCGCAUUCCCGCAACCCUCCCGCCACCUUAUACGACGACUGGCACGCGGGCCGCUUCGCUGAGAACCAAUGCCUCCGACUUCAGCACCACGGCCGAAAUCCUCGUCGGCCCCGAUCGCACGCGCUACCUCAUCCACACCUCCCUCCUGACCAAGCAAUCUCCUUACUUCCGCGCCGCCCUCACCUCCUCCUUCCUCGAAGCAUCUACGCAAUCCAUCUCCCUCCCGGACAUCCACCCAGAAACCUUCACCCUCCUCGUCGAGUGGCUCUACAACGCGACCCUCAAACCACUCCCCUUCAAAGAAGACAAGCCAGCCUAUUACACCCUGCUACACUUGUACAUCCUCGCGGACCGGCUGUGCUUCGAGGGCCUGCGCAACCACAUUGUCGACGCGAUAUCCGACCUCGCGGAGUCGACGAACUCGGUGCUGACGCCGAGCGAUACGCGAUUGCUAUACGAAGGCGUGCGGGAGGAUGCGAAGAUACGGGAGCUUGUGCUCGACCUGUUCGCGUUCAAGAAGACGGACAAGCUGAUCGAUACGCAUCCGGAUCGCUGGCACGCAGGCUUUCUCCGCGACCUCAUCGUGCGGCUAAAGCGGCCCUGCAAGCAGGCCAUGCAGCGCCACACCCAGCGUAUGUGGCUGCCCAAGAGCUGGGAGUCGACGCGCGCGUGCGACAACUGCCGCGUUAUCCUGCCACCGCUACAGGGCGCGAUCGCGUGCGACGAAUGCUGUUGCGCGUGGUGCAUACCGUGUGCCGGGGAGGGCGUUGCGGUGGCGAGUUGGGAGGAUGGGCGGCCGUCGAUGAGCUACGGCGCGGAGGCGGGGAAGAAGGCGUAUGGGGCGCCGAGGAAGUGGGAGAGUUGUAGGCCGUGGAAGGGGAGUCGGUGUAUGGUUUAUCAUGAGCAUCGCGAGACGGAGGCGUGUUGGGAGGUGUUUAUGGGGAGGUGA